AUACAGACGAGCCUAAUAAUCACUUCAUUCAUGUCCGUCAUAGGCGUAGUACGCUCGUAGUAUGGCGAAGCAACGUGUUUUUGGCAGACGAUAUCGGCCUUGUGUUUAUUUACCGUACAUAACCUGUACACUUAUGUCAGUCGCCCUACCCCCGGGCAAUUAAACCUUAUAUACAACCGUGUACCUGGACAACACUGAGUGCAUGUAAAGUAACACGUGUCUACAUGUGUGUGCUAUGGGAUGAUACUGUGUUUCGGACUCAUGGAUACAUACACAACCUGUCAUCAUUCAAUACAUCUUAUUCUCCUUAUGUCCUUGGCUGGAUAUGUUUCAGGGGGGCUUUGUUGGGCCAACAUCUCGCCGUCCAAUACGUGUAGUACCCUGUACAGAGCCAACAUCACCCAGGAGGACUGCUGUCGCCGGACUUUCUCUCCCUCCCUUGGCUGGUCCCCCUCCGAAUUCCUCACCAACGGACAGGUGUUUUACUGGAGGGCCCUGAUGAGGGACAUUUCCAAUUGUCACCGUUGUCAUAAUAGUUGUGCCAACAUCCGAUGUGCUCCGGGACGAGUGUGCCGGAUGCGGAAGGGCGUACCUAAGUGUGUGUGUCGGCCCCGGUGUACGGGCGAGUUGCGGAAACGCGGUGCUUUGUGCGGUACCGAUAGUGUCAACUACAAGAAUUAUUGUCACAUGCUCAAAAGAAACUGCAGGAAGAACCAACGGACAAAUGUUGCCUACUUCGGCAAGUGUAAACGGGCGUGUAAGAAGGUGAAGUGUUUAGCCGGGACUCAGUGCCUCGAGGACCAGAAUGGACUUCCCCAUUGUGUGCGAUGUCGGUCAGUUUGUCCAGUGGUCACCAAUCCUAACUUCGUGUGUGGAGAUGACCAAGUAUCGUACCCGAGCGUCUGUCACGUGCGGGCGGCCAUAUGCGUCCACCAGACGUCAAUACGUAUCGCCUAUGGAGGCAGAUGUCGAGAAAACGCAACGUGCUCUGAUACGAUGUGCCCAGAAAAUUAUCAGUGUUUGGUGAACAGAAAUACUCUCCAGCCAUUGUGUGUCAACUGUCGCAUGAAGUGUUCACCGAUGUCGACUUUACCGGUGUGUGGUACAGAUGGGGUCACCUACGACACCUACUGCCAACUGUUCCGCACCGCCUGUGAGUCCGGAGUGUUCAUCACCACCAAACACAGUGGUCAUUGCAAUAGUCGAAAAAGAGCUUUUAACAAAACAUGCAAGAAAUGCAGAAGGAAAAGGAGAAGGAAACAUCGACGACGACAACAAAGACGAUAUAAGACCAGCGUAGGAUAUUACAAAGUAAAUGUUUACAACGCACAGAAGUCCGGAAAAUCGGAAAGGGUCCUGAAACUGCGAAUUAUUCCUGAUCCGGAUAGUUUGUCUCGAAAUAUAAGCUGACCCGAUGCUUGAACGAAUGACAAUAGAAAGAUCAUUAAGUGCAUUCCGAACGAAGACCUGUAAUGCAGGGAUGCUACGGCUUUCUGUGUACCUAUAGUGUGUAACGUUACGGUGAUGACGCUCGUGUCUACAUUGAUAAUAAAACGGAGGGCGGACAAUACAAGCCGGACUACUUCUGCUUUGGACUUAUGACGUCACAGAUAAGACAAGUCCAAAUACGAGACCGAGGCUUUAAAGAAGCGUUGGAUGAAGGAAGUUUAAUGUCGAAAGCAGUUUAUAUAUAAGGCUAUUGCUAAUUUAUUGUUUUUUGUUUCAUUUUGAUAUUAUUAUCGACAACAAGACAUCAUUAUUCUAUUUAAAUCUCAUAAAAACAUCCUGUAAAUGAUAUGUUAAAUUGCUUUUUGUAUUCUGUUCAAGUAAUCCUGUAUCAAUGUACAUUGUACGAUCACUACCAUCUUUUACUCUCAUCAAAAUCGUAAUCAUCGCAUCAUCGUCCACAUAUAUUACGUCAUCAGUGUCACGUGACCGGUCCGGCAAUUGCUGUGUCAUGUGACCUGAGAAAAAGUUGUGUAGGGUGACUGGUCAAUCAUGAGUUGUUUCAUGUGACUGGUGCAAGAAGAGUUGUGUCGUAUGACUGGUCCAAUGAGAGUUGUGCCAUGUGACUCGUCCAAUGAUAGUUAUGCCAUGGGACUGGUCCAGUAAAGUUGUGUCAUGUGACCGGUCCGAUAAGAGUUGUAUCAGGUGACUGGUCCAAUAAAGUUGUGUCAUGUGACCGGCCCGAUAAAGUUGUGUCAUGUGACCGGUCCAAUAUAUAACAAAUGGGACAAAGCGUGUAGCGCUGUCUCCGUUCCAGUAGGUGGCGGGUAUUUCGAACUAGACUUGUGUCGGUACUGAUUGUGAGUGCGCCUGGGGUAAGCAGCAAGUCCGUUAUGGCAUUAUAGUGAUGUACGUACAUACACGUUAGUAGGUUACUUUAACUAGGUCGCAGACAUGACGUGUUAUGUCAGCUAGUUUCCCUUACUGUCUGUCAUUGGAUGGUGGCAUUCAUUACGUGUCUGCACUGAACAAGAUAGCCACGGUUUUCUUGGCUUCGACACGUUUCCAGGAUCAGAUAAUGUAAAGGAAGCCAGUUUGUCACUUAGGAGCGUGAUAAAAAUGUCUACUGCAAGUGUGCCAGAGAUAUACUGCCGAAACGCCAGGAGGACAAACUUGGAGAGAUAAGCGUGAACAUGUUCUCGGUACUAUCUCACGUUGCAGUGGAUAUUCCAGUAAAGCAAGCACGUCAAAUGUUUGCACAUACCAUUCAAACGUGCAUGCCAAACUACACAAAAAAUAUAACUAUAAGCAGAAAGUUUUAGAUUACAAAUAUCACAACAAACAUGGUCGAAUAAUCUUACAACAAAGUAUCUUAAAUCAAUACAAAAGCAUUUGCUCGAGAUGAAUAAGCGAAUUCUUCUAGAACCUCUCGUCCGGUCGCACAUUAGCGCGUGCCGUCGAAAGCGCUACGGUAGACGCCAGCAACUGCACACGAGUCAAACCAUCGAAUAACAAGUAAUUUUGAGUUAUAAGUUUAUUGAUUCAUAUAACUUGUAUUGUAUUGUAUGAAGAUACAUUACAUAUACACACACCACCAUUAUGGAUCACCUAUAAUGUUUUGGUGUGAAAAUAUCGCGUCGCAACCGGGCGACGAGUACCGCAGUUUCUCCCUAAUUUAGUUAAUUGGAUCUAAUUUGUUCAGAAUGCAGAAGACAUAAGCAUGAUUGCGUAUUUUAUGUACCGAGAAUUAUUUAUCUGCUGUGUAAGGUCAGUAGAGUGUAUUUUGUGUCGCGUUUCUGCUGUUUAAGGCCAGUAGAGGGUGACGUAUUUUGUGUCGUGUAUCUGCUGUGUAAGGUCAGUAGAGUGUGACGUAUUUUGUGUUGCGUUUCUGCUAUUUAAGACCAGUAGAGGUUGACGUAUGUGUGUCGAGUACCUGCUGUUUAAGGCCAGUAGAGUGUGGCGUAUUUUUGUGUCGUGUAUCUGCUGUGUACGGUCAAUGGAGUGUGACGUAUUUUGUGUCGUGCAUCUUUUGUGUAAGGUCAGUGGAGUGCGACGUUGUUUUCAAAGGUGUCGUUUAUUUGCUGUGUAAGAUGGUAGAGUGUGGUGUAUUUUGUGAAACGUGUCUUGUGUCUACGUGUAUGGAAUGUGCGGGAUUAAAAUAUGUAUUCCGUGUAUCGCGUUCGUACCGUGAUAGGUCGGUAAAAUGUGACAUAUUUUGUGUCGCGUGAUUUGUGCAUACGCCAUGUACAGCCAGUAGAGUGUGAUAUGUGUUGUUCAGUACGGUCGGUUUACUUCUCAUUUUGCCCUUAUUUCCCCAAAUAUGUACAUCUUCUGUCGCCUUUAUUUAGUAACAAGACACUCACAAUUCUUUCAUCUAGCAUCUCUAUCAACGUCAUUUUCUUAAUUUUAUUUACGUUUCAUUAAAAGCAAAAUUUGUUUUGAUUA